GCUGUGAAGUAGUAGCGGAGGGUGGUGAAUCUCAAGAGAGAUUAAUAUGACAAUAAAGUCGCAUGAAUAUUGACAUUAUUUUAAAUCUCAGUAAUAUUCUAAAAUCUAAUCCCGACAAGUGUUAUGUUUAUGAAAUGAGACCCUUUUCAUAUUAAUUUAUUAUGUAUUGUUAAUCAUUAAAUGAGUUUUUUUGACAUUUUGUCUUAGAUUAAUUGAUUUUAAACAGCAUGUUUUGUAAAAGAAUAUUUGAAUAAUCCGAACAAAUUCCAAUGUCCAUUUCUGUUUGCGAUGGAAUGGAAAAAUGUCUUUCAAUGUGGACUCGGGUACGAAGCAUUAAAUUUUAUCAGAAUGCUUUUGAGACUUUUUAGAUAGCCUUUUUUAAGAACAGCACCAAUGGGAUCAUUGGAAAUAAUCAGGGCAUGAAAUUACCAUGAAUCACUGUUGUUGUUGUUGUUGUUGUUGUUUUUGUAAUUAAUAAUUGUUCAUUUAUAACGAGUAGCUUUUUUGCAAUUAAUAUAUAUUUUUUGUCAACCGGCAUAUGUUUUUGUUCUGUAACCAAUGUCAAUACCGGUUUUUAACAAUAUGAAUCAUGUUUAAUGCGAGAAAAUAGUUUCAUAACCAGUCAGAAUAAUUAGCUUAAGAUUUUUGUUGCAAUUUUUGAUGUUGAAUAUGCUAGAAGAAUGUCAAGAAUGUUAAGUAAUGUUAGUGAAUAUAAGAUGGAAUGAGGUAAAAUGCUCUCCUGAGAAAACUAAACAACAAGCAAAGAAACUGAGAAGUAGCUAUUCUACAUCUGCCAUCAUGUGCCUGCCAUUUUUCCUUUCUUUCUUUUAUUCAUCUCUUCUUUUUUGCCUAUUUUGUUGAACGUGUGCAUCUUGAUUUGAUACAGUACAUCUAUUCCCGGUACAUUUUGGUAAUUAUUUAAGGGCACAUGUUGAUCAAUUUGGAAGUUACAAGGCCCAUUUUUAGCGACGUGGUAUUUUGGCCUCUGAACGUGAAACCGUACGUUUCAGAAGUUUCAUUUAUUCAAAAUCUUUCUCGAUAAUAACAAUAUUAACCGAAACACUUUUUCGAGUAAAAUGUUUUAGAUAUAGAGGAUAAUAAAUGAAUGUCUUUUCAUAUUGAAUUUAUCAAUCGAGUUGAAUAAAAUAAUAAAACGCGUGGCUCUGCCGAGCAUUUUAUCAAUUUUAUUCAACGAGUUUAAUAAAUUCAAUGUGGAAAGUCACAAAAUGUAAUAUUCUUUUUAUCACAAGUUAACUUUUCCUUCCGAAACAUAAAAAAAUAAACGACAUUGAUGUCAAAGCUUUAUUACAUGUGAUUUAUCAAUUUUAUGUAAUGGCUGUAUUUCAGUCCCGCGACGUCAAACAUGUGAUAAUGUACUAUAUCUUAUUGGCAUUAAAGAGUUCGUUGCGGGGUGUGAAUGUAUUAUUCAGUUAUUACUUAAGCCUCUGAGCUUAGAAAAUGAUGGCAGCUCUGUUUGUUUGAUAAUCUCUUUUUGGGCUACAUCCGGUGUACGUUGCCCAACUGUGAAUCAUACUUUAAAAUUCGCUCGUGUAGAAGCAAAUCAUAAUUCAUAACUCAUAGUACAUGAAUGCAUUUCAACAUUGUUCAUGUUUUAUUACAAAUUCUUUGCCAUACUCUAAAUUGAUUAAAUAACGAGACGGUACGCUCCGAAAUACAACUAAACGGCGUUUGAAGAAAAUGAUAGGGAGUUGAUGAAACAUAUGAUUAAGCAGAUUUCGUAGUACAGUCAUCAUCGUCAGAUACCAGUGGGUUUCUUGUUCCGCUGUUCUAUCUGUCCUGGAAUUGUCAACUUAUUGUCAUACAAGCGGCAUAAUUCUAAACCACUUCAGCUGAAUUUUUAUCCGUUUCCUGUCAAUCUUGAAUUUUAGAAGAAGUGUGACGGGCCUUUUCUCGCAGAUAAGUAGGUGUAUAUAUACCUAUGAAAUCCUGUGAUAAUAAGUCCUCUUUUGAUUUAAGAUUAGUACUGUAGGCGCAUUGAAAAUGGUUUCCAAAGAAACUAUCAAAACGAUAACUGUUCUGUUAAUAUCAUGUCAUGGCAUUCAUUCGGAACCACACUGUUCUAAGUUUGAUUACGAAGAGAAGCUACUGGAAAAAAUGGUUAGACUUGAAUUUUUGGUUGAAAAUAUGAAGAAAGAAAUGAAAAUUUUAAAGAAUGAAGCUUCGACAACUCUUGGGAAUUUACAAACAGAAAGGAAAACGUGGGAAAACACAUUGAUGGACAUGAAAGAUACAAGCGUGCAACAAUUAAACAACGCUGUACAGAAGGCGGAAAAUAAAGUUGAAAAAGAGUUGAACAAACUGGCUGAUGCGAAGGAGGCCUUAACCAAAGAAAUUACAGAAUCUUUUAAACGACCAGAAGUUGCGUUUUCUGCAAGAAAUCCAAGUGAAACCUCACUGACAGAUGGCCAAACAAUGGUUUUCACCGAGAUCAUCUUGAAUAAAGGCGAUGGUUACAACAAAGAAGACGGAGUGUUUACAGUUCCUUAUACUGGUAUCUACAUGUUUACUGUGCAGUGGUGUCUAUAUGGUAGUAAAGCUUUUUAUUUUGACUUCGUAGCUAAUGAAGUUCCCUUCCAGAUGACGUAUGUUUAUCGAAAAAAUAGUGGUUAUUGUUACAGUUUCGAUGCACUUACCGCUGUUAAUAAGCACGAUAGUGUGAAGAUAAAGAUUAGGUCACCAUAUUCUGGAUCAGUUUUAAUCAAGAGUCCAACAAACCAUUGGAAUACUUUUUCGGGUGUUCUUAUUUAACAGUCUUGAGGUGCUUGUAAGAAUAGCUUGGAAAACAUGUGUAAAGCAACCGUGGACUAUAUAUUUGUGCACGAAAAUAACGUUUGUUAUAUAAACUCUCAUUUGCGUAGUCAUUACAGCGUAUGCGUCGAAAAACUUUAAAGAAGUUUUAUUCAGCUUAGUCACACUACAUUUUAUAUAAGUUACAACUUUUAAGAAAUCUUUUUAAAAAUCGGUUUUAUUGUUAACAUAAAUUAUGUGAUUAAUGCUGUAAAAAGAAUUGCCAAUGCUUUAUUUUAAAAGUAUGCUAUUAUUCUUUAUAUGUCCAUAUUUUUGUUCUAAGGCAUUCAGUCCUAUCAUUUC